AGGAGGAAGAGGGGGAGGAGGGAGAGGAGAAAACAACGAAGAAGAAAGACAGGAAGAGAAAGCGCAGCGUGUCCGUGGACAGCGGCGAGGGCAGCGAAUCAGAAUCCUCCAAUUCUGAGGGCGAGGAGAAGGAGGAAGAGGAGGAGAAGGAAGAAGAGGAGGAGGACGGAGAAACCGAGCACCGUAAGGACCGCGGCGGUGACAGGAAGGAGCGAGAGAAGGAGGCGCCGGCUAAGCCCCGCCCCCUUCACCUCACCACCUCCCUGUUCAUCAGGAGCAUCCCCCCCGAGUUCUCCAAAGAGGACAUCACUAAUUUGUGCCGCAGGUACCCAGGCUUCCUGCGGGUGGCGCUGUCCGACCCUCAGCCUGAGAGGAGGUUCUUCCGGCGCUGCUGGGUGACGUUCGAUCGCAGUGUGAACAUAAAGGAGACGUGCUGGAACCUGCAGAACAUCCGGCUGCGGGACAGCGAGUUGUCUCCGGUGGUGAACAGAGAUCUGUGUCGUCGCGUUCGCUGCGUUAACGGCCUGACGCACCAUCGCCCGGUCGUCAGGAACGACAUCCGGCUGUCAGCCAGACUCAUUCACAGCCUCGACCUGAAGGGGGCGCUGUGGCAGGGACAUAUGGAGACGAACCCGUUUCUGAAGAACAUCACGGACUUCCUGAUCGAGGAGGUGAGCGCCGAGGAGGAGGAGCUUAUCGGAGCGUCGGGGGGGAACGAGGAGGACAAAGACCCCGCCUCCUCCUCAGAGGUCGCCGUGGAGACCGACGACAAGCUCAUCACGGUGUUGGACCGCCUGCUGCUCUACCUGCGUCUCGUUCACUCCGUGGAUUAUUAUAACUUCUGCGAGUAUCCGGCUGAGGACGAGAUGCCACAUCGCUGCGGACUCCUUCAUGUGAGAGGACCAGUUCCUGCAGCCAAGAUCACUGCAGCAGAGGUGAGUGAGCACCAGAAGAUGUGUGAGGAGCGCCUGGCUCCCCUGUUCUCGGUCUCAGAGUCUCUGAGUGAAGAGGAGGCGGCCAAGCUGGGGAAGAAGGACCCGGAACAAGAGGUGGAGAAGUUCCUGGUGGCAAAUUCUCAGGAGCUGAGCAAGGACAAGUGGCUCUGCCCUCUGAGCGGGAAGAAGUUCAAGGCCCCAGAGUUUGUGCGUAAACACAUCCUGAACAAACACGGCGACAAAGUGUCCGCCGUCAGACAGGAAGUCGUCUUCUUCAACAACUUCCUGUUGGACGCCAAGAGACCCGCCCUCCCUGAGAACAAGCCCCUCCCGCCGCCACAAGGUUCUCAGGGUAUGACAUCAUUUCCUGGUCAGUCUCCGCAGCAGCAAAGCCUUCUGGGAUAUCCUCCUGGAGUCAGACCCCCCAUGCCCGGCUUCCCUGGUGGCGGCCCCCCCUACAACCCAAACCAGUUUGGGGCGGGGCGCGGUAACUAUGACAACUUCAGGGGUCAUUUAGGAGGAGGAGGAGGGGGAGGGGGGGGAUUCCCUCCGAAACCACGGAACAACAGGGGUGUUCGUGGGGACCCGCGAUCGAUCAUCGAGUACCGGGACCUCGACGCUCCAGACGACCUCGACUUCUUUUAGACACAAGAAAACUUUUUACCCUUUUUUUACUCUUCAACGUUUCCCAUGAUUCAUUUCAUCGACCCUCCGGCAAAUCUUUUUUUUUUUUUUUUUUUUUUUUUAGUUAGUCAAUUGUGUGUGUGAGUGUGUGUGUGUGUGUGUGUGUGGGACCAAUGUCAGUCAUUACUGCUCUGAAAACUUUCCAAUAAAGAAACAGGAAGACUAA